AUGGCGCCGGUCGCGGUGGCGGAGGCCAAGAAGGCGGCCUUGUCCACGGAGCAGGUUGCGGACGUCAUGGCCCGCGCCGGCAUCCAGGAGAAAGACUGCGAGGGCCACGGCGGCUUGCUCAUGGUCGUCGCGGCGGCGGUCUUCUCUUCCCUCGCCGGCCUUCUGAUGGGCCUGGACAUCGGCUACAUUGCCGGAGUGAAGUCGAUGGCAUCGUUCUCCAAGGAUGUGCUGGGUGGCCAACCUCUUACGGAUGUCCAGGACAGCGUGGUGACCAUGGUUUUCGGUAUCGGGGCCGCCGUCGCCGCUUUCCCCCCCGUCAUGGACGCCUCCGUGACUUGCUUAGGCCGCAAGGGUGCGGUGAUUGCAGGCGGAGCGAUCUUCUGCCUCGGCUCCGCCAUGCAGGCGGUUGCGUGCAACCUGGCCCUCAUGGUGGCUGGCCGCGUCAUCGCGGGCUUCUCGGUUGGCCUGCUGUCCGGCAACGCCCCGGUCUACACCAGCGAGAUCGCUCCUCCCCACUUGCGGGGCGCCCUCGUGACCGGCUUCCAGUUUGCCAUCACGGUGGGCAUCAUGCUUGCUUUCCUCCUGGCGCUGGUCCUUGAGGACGUGGAGGAGCCUUUCGGCGGCUGGCGCUGGGUCAUCGCGUCUCAGAUCGUCCCGGGUGCCUUGCUGGUUGUUGGCGGCGCGUUCAUGCCGGGCUCUCCUCGGUACUUGGUCGCCCAGGGCAAGAACCAGGAGGCCCUGCAGACCCUGCGCGCCCUGCGCAAGGAGGACGUGCGCGAGGAGCUGGCGCAGAUCGUCCAGGAGCAUGAGGCGGAGUCCGCUGCUGGACAGGCGACUUGGGGGGAGUUCCUGUCAGGGGACAGCCGCAAGCUCCUGUGCAUUGGGCUGAGCAUCCAGCUGCUUCAGCAGCUUUGCGGCAUGAACGCUUUCAUGUAUGAUGGGCCGAUGAUCUUUGAGAGGCUCUUCAAAAGCGAGCACGCGGGCAGGCUCUUCACGGUGGUGUCCGGCGUGGUCAACAUCUUUGCCACCGUUCCGGGGCUCUUCUUGGUCGACCGCUGUGGCCGCACAGCUCUCAUGAAGUGGUCUGCCAUCGGCAUGAUGCUCUGCUCGGCCGUGCUGGCCACCCUGGGCGAUGUCUGCUUCGUGGAGGAGGAGGACGCCUGUGGCGACUGGGCAAAGUGGGUGGCCACGCUGACGAUCUGCGGCUUCAUCGUGAACUUCGCUUAUGGCUGGGGAGGAAUGGCCUGGGUCUACUGCGCUGAGAUGUUCCCCAUGAGGCACCGCACCAAGGGCGUCGGGGCAACCACCGAUGCAAACUGGAUCGGCAACAUCGUGAUCGCCUUCCUGCCCCCGAUCCUGUUCUCGAAUUGGGGCUUCAACACCUUCUGGGUCUUCGUGGGCACGAACAUGCUCUGCUUGCUGUGCGCCGUGUCCCUUCCAGAGACCAAGGACAAGAGCCUGGAAGAGAUCACCCAGAUGUUCCACGACUGGCUGCACCCGACUGAAGAGCCUGAGAAUGUGACGGUGUGA